AUGAUUGAGGAACACAGGGAGAGGGGAUGGGAUGUCGCCUGGAGAAGUGACACGACGCCCUGGGAUGCAGGGAGCUACCAGCCCGCCUUGAAAGAGCGGCCUCCGAAAAGUAGAGACUACAACGAGGUAUGCAAACCUCUGGGAUAUCGGGCCAACAUCCACGUUCGUUUCGAGGUAGCAGAUUUCUUCGCAUUGACGGGAGUCAAGUUUGACCUUGUCUAUGAUUACACUUUUUUCGUUGCAAUCCCUCCAGCACGACGGGGAUAUUGGGGGCGUCAAAUGGCAGAAAUAGUCAAGUCCGGCGGUAUUCUCAUUACGCUCAUCUUUCCGAUCGAUGAUGAUGCCCAAACCGGACCACCUUAUUAUGUCCGCCCACAACAUUACAACGAGGUUCUAGGAGAGGGCUGGGAAGCUUUGCUGGACAAGGAGCCGGAGCAUACCUUGGAGUCUCAUAAGGGAAGGGGAAGAAUCGUGGUCAGAAGGAGACUGUAA